AACCACCGAGUGAGCGCUGUCCCCAAGCCAACUUCAACAAGCAGCGCUAUCCCCAAGCCAGCUUCAACAAGCAGUGCUGUCCCCAAGCCAGCUUCAAGUUCAACAAGCAGUGCUGUCCCCAAGCCAGCUUCAAGUUCAACUAGCAGUGCUAUCCCCAAGCCAGCGUCAAGUUCAACAAGUAGUGCUGUCCCCAAGCCAGCUUCAACAAGCAGUGCUGUCCCCAAGCCAGGUUCAAGUUCAACAAGCAGUGCUGUACCCAAGUCAGCUUCAAGUUCAACAAGCAGUGCUGUCCCUAAACUAGUUUCAAGUUCAACAAGCAGUGCUGUCCCCAAGGUAGCUUCAACAAGCAGCGCUACCCCCAAGCCAGCUUCAACAAGCAGUGCUGUACCCAAGCCAGCUUCAACAAGCAGUGCUGUACCCAAGCCAGCUUCAAGUUCAACAAGCAGUGCUGUACCCAAGCGAGCUUCAACAAGCAGCGCUGUCCCCAAGCCAACUUCAACAAGCAGCGCUAUCCCCAAGCCAGCUUCAACAAGCAGUGCUAUCCCCAAGCCAGCUUCAAGUUCAACAAGCAGUGCUGUCCCCAAGCCAGCUUCAAGUUCAACUAGCAGUGCUAUCCCCAAGCCAGCGUCAAGUUCAACAAGUAGUGCUGUCCCCAAGCCAGCUUCAACAAGCAGUGCUGUCCCCAAGCCAGGUUCAAGUUCAACAAGCAGUGCUGUACCCAAGUCAGCUUCAAGUUCAACAAGCAGUGCUGUCCCUAAACUAGUUUCAAGUUCAACAAGCAGUGCUGUCCCCAAGGUAGCUUCAACAAGCAGCGCUACCCCCAAGCCAGCUUCAACAAGCAGUGCUGUACCCAAGCCAGCUUCAACAAGCAGUGCUGUACCCAAGCCAGCUUCAACAAGCAGUGCUGUACCCAAGCCAGCUUCAACAAGCAGUGCUGUACCCAAGCCAGCUUCAAGUUCAACAAGCAGUGCUGUACCCAAGCGAGCUUCAACAAGCAGCGCUGUCCCCAAGCCAACUUCAACAAGCAGCGCUAUCCCCAAGCCAGCUUCAACAAGCAGUGCUAUCCCCAAGCCAGCUUCAAGUUCAACAAGGAGCGCUAUCCCCAAGCCAGCUUCAGCAAGCAGUGCUGUACCCAAGCCAGCUUCAACAAGCAGCGCAACAAGCAGUGCUGUCUCAAGCUCAGUUUUCAAACUUGUUCCUGCAAGUAGUGUUCCAGUUGCAGCAAGUAGAGUUUUCGAACUCAUUCCAGCCAACAUGAUCUCCAACACAGUUCCAGCAAGUCAAGAUGUCCCCACCCUUUUUUCAGCAAAUAAUGCUGUCUCCAGCCCAGUUCCUGCAUACAGUUCUGUUUCCAACCAAGUUCCAGCUGCAGCAAGUAGAAGUUCCAAACCUGUCCCAGCAAAUAUGACAGUUGCAACUCAGACAGAACAGAAAUUCCUGCAAUCAACCCCAAUCAAACCAAGGAAUCCUAUGUUAAACUCAUCGUUCUGUGCCACCCCAUCACCAGUUAUGACUACCCCUGGUAAUCCUGUGCUAAACUCAUCGUUCUGUGCCACCCCAUCACCAGUUAUGACUACCCCUGGUAAUCCUGUGCUAAACUCAUCGUUCUGUGCCACCCCAUCACCAGUUAUGACUACCCCUGGUAAUCCUGUGCUAACCUCAUCGUUCUGUGCCACCCCAUCACCAGUUAUGACUACCCCUGGUAAUCCUGUGCUAAACUCAUCGUUCUGUGCGACCCCAUCAUCAGUUAUGACUACCCCUGGAAAGGCUGAUUUAGACUCAUCUUACCAUCCUGAGUCGUCAGAAGAAUCAUCAGAAGACGACAUUGAUGAAGCUGAAUCUUCUGCACCUUCACUUGUUGGGAAGCGAUUUAUCGUUUUUGGAGAACAACUGCAGGAACUGUUCAGGAGCUGCCCGACUUGCUGCGCAGACAUGACUUUUGAGACGAGGACGAGGGGGUCAGCCAUAAUAGUGGAAUGGACAUGUUGUAACCAACAUUACGGCACCUGGUACUCACAGCCGUUUGAUAGAGGCAUGGCAAGGGGAAACCUGCUCAUCUCCUCUGCAAUUCUAUUUGCUGGCGGAUCCAUACAAAAGUUUGAAGACUUUGCUAAGGCACUGGAGUUUUUCAGUCAGGAAACGUUCUUCAAGGUUCAAAAGACAUAUGCACUGCCAGCAAUAAAUGACUAUAAUCAGUAUGAUAGAAGUAUGGCACUGGACCUGUGCAGAGAAGCGCCAGUAGAUGUUGUCGGCGACGCAAGGUGCGAUUCACCAGGCCAUAACGCAAAAUAUAGUUCAUAUACUAUAAUGGAGGAGACAACUUCACUGAUUAUUGCAAUGGAACUGGUGCAGUGUACAGAGACAGGCUCAUCCCAAGCCAUGGAGAAAGAGGGACUGGAUCGGUGUCUUCAGAAGCUGGAUGAAGAUGGCAUUGAAGUCAAUUGCCUGGCUACAGACAGACACAGAGGGGUAGGCGCCCUUAUGAAGACAAAGUAUAAAGAUAUUCAGCACCAAUUUGACAUCUUUCAUGUCUCAAAAAACAUCGGAAAAAAGCUGCUGGCAAGGGCAAGAAGAAAAAACUGCCAGGAACUGCUACUAUGGAAGAAGUCUAUAGGAAACCACUUGUGGUCGUCAGCGAAGACUUGCCAGGAAAGAGCAGAGCUACUGAGGGAGAAAUGGAGGUCCAUCUUGAACCACAUCUGUAACAGGCACAGAUGGUCUGGUAACAGCAUGUUCCACAAGUGUGAGCACCUACACUUGACAGCCAGACAGAAAAAGAAGAAGAAGUGGAUGAAGAUGGGUUCAGCCCCCCACAAGGCCCUGGCAGAAGUCGUCUUAGAGACCACACUGCUAAAAGACAUGAGCCAAAUGACCAAGUUCAAGCAUACAGGUAACUUAGAGGUACAUCACAACGUCGUCCUGAAGUAUGCUCCAAAGAGGACGCACUUCACGUACCCAGUGAUGAGAGGGAGGCUGCAGCUCUCCGUGAUUGACAACAACGAAAACAUCGGCAGGAGGCCAGCACGGACCGCCAUUGAUUAGCGGUCAUGGCGCUGGAGGACCAAAAUGCUACCUUUCUUCGGAGAAGACGUGUCUGAGUUCGUCGUAAACGAGAUUCUCAAGAGCUGUGAAGCACAGGGAUCCCGGAAUGCGUCGGGAAAG